GGCACCAGGUGUGAUGUUAAAGAGGGAGAAGACGUGAAGAACUUAGCUGCCUUUGCGAAGCAAAAGCUUAAAUACAUCGACAUAUGGAUCAAUAAUGCAGGAUCAAAUGCAUAUAGCUUCAAACCCCUGGCAGAAGCUUCUGAUGAAGAUCUAAUUCAAGUUGUCACUACAAAUACUCUUGGUUUGAUGAUAUGUUGUCGUGAGGCUAUAAACUUGAUGCAGAAUCAGCCUCGAGGAGGUCAUAUUUUUAAUAUUGAUGGGGCUGGUUCAGAUGGAAGACCAACCCCCAGAUUUGCUGCAUAUGGAGCGACAAAGCGCAGUGUUGUGCACUUAACCAAAUCAUUGCAGGCAGAAUUGGAAAUGCAAGAUGUUAAAAAUGUUAUAGUGCAUAAUCUAUCGCCUGGGAUGGUCACAACUGAUCUUUUAAUGUCUGGUGCCAACACGAAGCAGGCCAAGUUCUUCAUUAACGUUUUGGCAGAGCCAGCAGAUGUGGUUGCAGAGUAUUUAGUCCCAAACAUUAGAUCAAUACCGACCAAUGGAUCAACAAAGCCUACUUACAUACGUUUCCUCACAGGAUUGAAAGCAUAUUCCCAAAUAUUUUCAAGGAUUGCAUUUGGUGCUAGAAGGAAUCGAUAUGUUCUUGAAGAUUGAUGAAUCGACGGGUCCAAAUGGAUGAUUGGGGUCCAAAUUUAUCUCCCAUCUUGUUGCUCACAACUUGUGUAUAUCAUUGGAAGCCUUACCAUUUUUGACGAGGACAAAGCCAUGUAAGAGGUUGGGAUAGAAUGAGCUUAUGCUUAAAAGAGUGUCUGUAUCUUACUUCUUAUUGACCUAUUUAGAUAAACAAUCAAAAGGAAAUUUUCUUUUCACCACAAAUUCUUUUUAUAUGUUCUAAAUUAAUUUUAAUAUAUUAGUAGUUUCUUUAUUAUGUAA